UGAUUGGUGAGUGCACCAAAACACCUAAGCCAUCAUUGUACAUGAUCCAAACGGCACACUCAUCUAAAGGGAAGAAGACCAGGGAAUCUGACUGCGAGAAAGCGAGAGAUCAAGAAAUUCGAUUUAUAAGAUAAAAAAAAAAAAGGAAACAAAAAAAGAAGAAGAAGAGACGAAAAGGAAAUGGGAGAGUCAUCAUCGGAGUCAUUCUUGAAGAAAUACUGGGAAGGAUACAAAGAAUUCUGGGCAGAGCGAUUUCCAUUCACUGAUAUCUAUUCAAGAUUCAUUAACCGUGAAGAGUCUCUUCCUCCCUGGUCUGAAUCCGAUGUUGGCGACUUCAUCGCUUCUGAUCCGGUUCAUGGCCCCACCUUGAAGAUUGCUAGGGAAGCAACAAAGAUUGCCUUAGCAGGAGGUGCUAUUGGAGCAGUCUCAACUGCUGGUUUUGCCUGGAAAUACUCAAGGAGUUUGCAUGGUGCUGGACUGUCUUUCGUAGCAGGAGCUGUCUUUGGUUGGACAUUUGGACAAGAGAUUGCAAGCCACUGGUAUCAACUCUACAGGUUGGACACAAUGGCUGCACAAGUCAAAUUCAUGGAGUGGUGGGAAAGCAAGUGUCAGAGGCGGUCUUGAACUCAGCAUGAUGUUGAAAGCAGCACCAAGUCUUGGUUUCCAUUUGCUUAAUAAUGGCGACAUGUUGAAAAUGUAAUGUUUGGUUCGAUGCUUUGGCAUUUUGUUAGAAACUUUGCAUUUGAGUUUGAAGGAUUUUCACUCUCCUUUUAGAAGCAAAUUGAUGAAAUCAGUUGUUUACAGUACUUGUACCAAUAAGUUGCUUCACUUUCUGUAAUGGUUGUUGAUGAUAGAAAAUUUGCUUCUAUCCUUUUUGACAAGGCUAUUCGUAAA